GGCAUUCCAACCAUUCAUUCUCUUCUUUGUUUUCUAAUUCCAACUUUCGUUUUCCUUUUCUCCUUGAAUAGACUUCUGAAAUAGAAACUGCAAGAGAAUCGGGACAGUAGUCCACUAACGAACGAAGUGUGUUGCCCAUGAUUCACUUCUCAAUACUCAAGACAAUAAUACAACAUACUCGACCAUCGAGAAUUCACAAAUGACUGGUAAGAAAACUUUCUCUUUCCAAAAAGGACGCUCACUCAUGUUGUGAUUUCCUUUCCAAAUAGACUUAUCGUACUGGUACAUACGAUAUCGCAAUGACGCAUCGCUGUCACUAAUUAUAAAUUAAUUAUAAAGUUAGGAUUAGACUAAUUAUAAUUUCCUUGCCUCGAUUAGAUGCAACGUAAACACGUAAAUUAGACUGUAAACAAAUAUCAGCUGAUGAGAGUCAAAAAGGAAAGGAAGUUUACUUAAUGGCUACCCAACACGUGGUGGGAUGGUUUGUUGGUAAACACGGAAGGGGAUAGGUUAAUAUAAAAAUGUUUACUUCACAGCUAUGUUCUCAAUAUAAAAUACUAAGAAGUUUCCAAUUUCACUAUCGUAUAUCAGCUUGUUCACAGCUUCUUGGUAAAAACAAUGUAUGUGUUAAUUACAAUUUUGAUUCCCAUCGAAAUUAUCAUCUUCAUCAACCAACAAAAUUACUCAUAAAAACCGGUAAUCAAGUCGGAAAAAGAAAUCUAUCAACAGAUCAGUUAGUAUCAAUGCAAAGGAACAUAUUUACUUAUCUUUCAGAAUGUAGUGGUACUAAUUAUCUCAAAGAACUUGUUGUUUCUGUUCAUGACACUACAGGGCUACCUUGGUGGGCUUCAAUAAUUUUCACCACUAUAAUGUUGAGGGUUUUAAUUACUUUACCAUUAGCUGCAUACCAAGCUAGUAUCGUUGCCAAAAUAGAGAAUAUUUCAGUCCUUGAAAUGCCUGAUAUAGCAAAGCAACUUCAAAAGGAGACGACUUUGAAAGCCAGGCAACUUAAUUGGACAGCGCCUAAAGCAAAUAUGUACUACAGGAGAAAUAUAAAGAAACAUUUUAACGAACUGAUUGUUCGAGAUAACUGUCAUCCAUUUAAAUCGAUAAUCACUGUUUGGUUCCAAUUGCCUACAUGGAUAUUCCUCUCUGCAGCAUUGAGGAAUUUGGCUUAUAUGUUACCUCAAAGAAAUGCUGCUGCCGAAAUACUGUUUCUGCAACUUUCAGUGGGUGGUUUUCUUUGGAUUCCUAAUUUAACUCAACCUGAUGGAUUAUUAAUAUGUCCUAUUAUUUUAGGAUUAUCAAAUUUAGCUAUCAUUGAGAUACAAGCUAUGAUGAGAUUACGUGAACCAACUAGACUCCAACGUUACGCUACAAAUUUUUUUAGAGGUUUUAGUCUUUUAUUAGUUCCUAUAUCAGCUACUGUUCCAUCCGUAUUAUGCUUAUAUUGGACAACAUCCAGCAUCGUUGGAUUAUGUCAAAACUUAUUUCUUAUGUCAAACCGAGUGAGAAAAGCAUUGAGGAUACCCGACACUCCGUCAACACAUGACUAUCCCUACCAACAACUGAUUUAUGAAAUUAAAGAAAAGAAUAAGAGAUUAUUUAGUUUUAUUGGAAGAAAAAAGUAGUUUAAAUUAUGCAAAUUGUUAUUUAUUUAUUUUGUGUAAAUACAUGUAUAUAGUGGCAAAAUGUCUGUUAAAUAACUCAGUGAGCUGACCUUUAACCUAUUGUGAUAAGGAUACAGAGCGACCCUGUUAGUCACUAUCUAAACGAUAUCCUUUCUUCAUCUAUGUAAGAUUUUCCCUUCAGUAGUGAUUCUGAAGGGGUCCUGAUAAGCAAAGGACAUGUUUGAGAAAUAUAUAUCAGUUUGUUUAGUUACACUUUUUUAUUUUAUAAUCGAUUGUUACUCUUUGCAAACUCUUAACACAGAAAGCAAUGGGUGGUAUGGUUGGGGCUGCCCCCCUCACGCUACUGGACAAUUUCCUUAUUUAGGCGACUGCAAGAGGUUUUAUAAUUGCUACAACGGACGAGGCCAGCUCUCUAUCUGUGCACCUGGAACAUUAUUCAAUCCUAGCACCUUAGAAUGUGACUUUCCCAGUAAAGUUACUUGUCUUAAAAAUGAUGACAAAAUUACUGACAGUAAGCCAGGAAUUGUGAAAGAUCAGUAUUCGCCUUACAAUCACCAUCGUCGCACGCAGGCUUACACAAAAGGUGGCAAUGUAGAUACUGGAGGUCAGUGGUCCGGUCAUCAACACUAUGGCUGGCAAUAUCAACCCCACAAUCAUCCGCAAACCAAUCCAAGUGAGAGCAGACAAUAUCACAAUCAGCCCCAGCCUUAUCCAAACCAACAACCAAUUGAAAAGAGUGCUAAGACAUACACAUACCAGCAUGCUGGGGUUCAGCCCCCAUCUUACCGAUUGGAACCCCCUCAACAACCAAUUUAUUACCAGAAUCCUCAUUACAGCAUGCCGGCUGUACCCGCCCAGCCUGUGGUUUAUGCAAGACCAUGUUACCAAGAGCCAUGCAGUCAACAACCCUCUAACAACCAGUACUCGUCGGGAGUGUACUCUUCAGGUGCACACAGUGCCCCUCCAGUACCUUCGCCUAAUCUUAACAGCUAUCAACCCGCUGAACCAAAGCAAGUCUUUUACACAAAGACCCCAAUUAGUCCUAUUGGAAAAUCAUAUCCCAACUAUUAUCCUACUUAUGCCCAACCGCAACCCAAUUAUUCCCAAGAACCACCACAAGUAAAAGAAGGAUACAACUCGUUCGUUUUCCCAGAUCAACAAAAACACACUGAAGCAAAUUUGAAUACUAAUUAUAAUCAAGGUUAUUAUGGCCAACAAUAUCCAGGUUCUGUCGAGCCAAAACCAAUAGUCCCGGCAAUUUUUUCCCCUCCUGUAAAACCUGUAGUUGAACCAGAAAGCAACUACUCAUACCCUUCUAACACUGAUUGGAAUCAACCCAAAUCAGUUUAUAACCCUGAACCGUACCAAACAACAACUGAGGCAUACGAUGCACCAAAGGAUGUUUGUCCUGAAGGUUUCAGCGGUCUAACGGCGCAUUCUGACUGCACAAAGUUUUUAAGUUGUUCUCAUGGUAGAUCUUUUGUUAUGGACUGCAGUCCAGGAACAAGAUUCAAUCCUGAACUUUUGAUUUGUGACCAUAUACAUAAUGUCAAAUGUGAUAAUAAUAAUAAUAAAAAAGAAGUUUUUGUUGAGGAUGAAAAUUUACAGCCGUCAGAAACAAACUCAGAAGUACAUAUUUAUCGUUCUGCAACAUUACCACCCGAAAACAUUGAGCCGGAUGAUACAGCAAUAAUUGAUGCGAUAGAUAAUAUCACUGAUUUAUUAAUUAAUUAUAAUAAAACUGUUGUAAAAUUAACUAGUACAGUUUCUAAGACAACAAAUAAAUUUACAACAACAACAGAAAAACCAGUGGAAACUCUUUCAAUUGUACCUAAAAUAAGGAUCGAAUCUUCGCCUCAACAGAACUUUAUCACUGAUAAAAAGAAUGAAAAUACUCCAAAACAGUCUUUCAAGCCGGAAACUCCACCUGCUCCUAAAGCUAGGUUGAUCUCCAAAAGAAAUUCAACUCUUGACAAGCAGAUCAUACGUUUACGAGGAAGCCCAUCACAGUUUGAAGGCUUUGUAGAAAUGCAAUUAUCCACUGGAUCGUGGGGUGUCGUCUGCGAUAAACGAAAUGACUGGAAAAUUGAAGAAGCUCAUGUUGUUUGCAGAAGUUUGGGCUAUCCAAGAGGUGCUGAACUAAGCUGGCAAGGUUUACCUGCUGAUGUAAAAAAUAUAACUUCAAGUAUUCUUGCUACAGACGUUGUCGUUUGUACCGGUUCGGAGGAUUCACUACUUGAUUGUACAUUAUCUGUUGGUGACGGAUGUGACCCAACCAAAGAUGGAGUCUGGGUACGUUGCUAUAGUCAUGGCCUGUCGAGGUGCUAUCCCGGAGAAAUGUCUCUUGGGGAUCGUUGUUACUCUAUUGUUACACCAAGUGAAGAAACAGCAACUGAAAAUCUUGUUGGCUUCACGCAGGGAGAAGCUCUUUCGUAUUGUCAGAAAAAAGGAGGUCAUCUUGUAGACAUUACAUCACAGGUUGAAAAUGACUUUGUAUCUGAAUGGCUGAUCAGGCAGAAUAUAGACGGUAAUAUCAUGACUUCUGGUGUUGGUAUGUCUCUUAUGGGCGGCUCAAUUUGGAUUUGGGAAGGCAGUGAAAGUACAUUCACUUAUCACAACUGGUGGCCAGGCUGGAGUGGUGCAAAGUCUAUACCACCUCAAACGUACACUGGCCGAGCACUCUGCAUCGUUUUAAGAAGAUAUUUCCCUUGCAAGGACUCGAAAGGUUCCGAAGAUCGACUUUGCGAUGCCCAAUACUAUUAUUGGGACGUGGAGGAUUGUGAUGCCAUGCCCACUAGUCUUCCUUAUGUUUGCGAAAGACCUGCCAAUAAAAUUGGUUGUGUUAUGGGUACGGGUACCGGAUACAAGGGUGGUGCCAAUGUCACUAAAGCGGGUAAUAUCUGUCUUUCAUGGGACCACAAAGACGUCCUUCCGGAAUUGAAGUAUAGAAUUUCAGAAUCCGAUAGAAAAGUUAGUUUAUCAGGGCAUAACUAUUGUCGCAACGUAGCAGGUAAAGAAACUCAUCCAUGGUGUUACGUAAGAGAAACCACUACGCUUGUAAAGAAAGAGCUAUGCGAUAUUCCUAUAUGUGCAGAAGGUGUAGAAAAAUCUGCAAGAUAUUUUCAAUGUCCUCCUAAUUAUUUCGCUUGUGGUCUCAGUGGAAAAUGUAUUCCAACAUCACAAGUUUGUGAUGGGCAGUCUGAUUGCUCUGACUCUGAGGAUGAAAAUAAUUGUCAAGUUAUAUCGUCCCAAUUUUCUAUUUUCGAGAACUCGAAACUGAUCGUAUCAGAUGUUGAAGUUUUCAUCAGAACUCCACUUAAUGCUUGUGCUCAAAGAUGUCUAGAACUGAUCAACUGCAGAUCAUUUUCUUUUCUAGUUAAUCAAGAAGAAUGUGUUCUGAGCGAAAGUAAUAUUGGGUUAUCAGGUAAUAGAACCAAAGCACCUGGUUGGGAUUAUUACGAAGUGAAAUCAAAAUCUAUUCAGUGUAAAAACUCAUUUGUGUGCGGUAAUGGAAAAUGCAUUUCACACGAAACAGUUUGUAAUGGAAGAGACGACUGUGGAGACCGUUCCGAUGAAGCAGACUGCACGUGGUUAAAAAAGAAAAUUCAAUUAAAACUGACCGGUGGUGCUAAGCCAAAUGAAGGCACAAUUGAAGUUAAAGCACAUGACAAGUGGGGUUUAGUCUGUGACGAUGAAUUUGAGCUAAAAGAUGGAGAUGUUGUUUGCCGUCAUCUUGGAUUUCCCCUCGGUGCAGCAGAAAUAAAAAAACAUUCAUUCUUCACUACAAAUCACAAAAUGAGUUUCAUCAUCGACAAUCUGCAUUGUUUGGGAAAUGAAACAUCCAUAGCCGAUUGUCUCCAUAACGGAUGGGGUGUCCACGAUUGUCAAGCCGAAGAGUGUUUGAAGGCUGCCGGAGUUGUCUGCAAAGUUGCAAAAAGUGAAUGCAGUUUCAACUAUUGGCAGUGUGAGAAGACUGCCGAAUGCAUACCUCUUAAUUUCCUUUGCGACAAUGUCAAAGAUUGCAAAGAUCAUAGCGAUGAAGAUCCAAAAAGAUGUGAAUCCCCAAUUGAAGUGCGUUUAGUCGGAACUGGAGGUGUUAGUAGGAGCAGUAAAGCAAAUGAAGGAAGAGUAGAAGUUAGAAGAUUUGGGGUAUGGGGAACCGUAUGCGAUGAUGACUUCGGUGCUCAAGAAGCGAAGGUGGUCUGUGCAGCUCUUGGAUUCAACGGAACUGGACAGGUUUAUAAAGAAGCAGCUUACGGAGCAGGUAAGGGAAUCAUAUGGCUUGAUCAAGUUCACUGCUUGGGUAACGAAAGUAAUAUCCAUCAGUGCAUGUCGGACGGUUGGGGACAAACAAACUGCAAACACAAUGAAGACGUAGCCAUUUCCUGCCUGCCACCUGCUUAUAGUGAGGGGGUCUUGAUGAAGCCCAUCUCUAAAGACCAAGUUAUCCAAGAAAACGGCAUCGAAAUGGAGGCAGGAGACGUAUUAUUGGAAGAUAUAUUUAUUCCAGACUGUGGAACUAUCAUAGAUAUGCUUGGAGCAAUCAAACAUCAGCCUGUAGCAAAAGUUGUUUCUGGGUUCGAAACUGUAAAAGGAACAUAUCCAUGGCAGGCAAGUAUAAGACUGAAAGGCAUAGCUGGAAAAUCAACACACUGGUGCGGUGCGGUAGUAAUUUCAAGAUUUCACAUAUUAACAGCUGCUCAUUGCCUCAGAGACUACGCUAAAGCAGCUUAUUUCAUAAGAGCUGGUGAUUACGAUAAUGAGGAUGAUGAAGGCACUGAACAAGAUAUGGAAAUAGAUGAAAUGUGGAUUCAUUCUGGUUUCAAUAAAGGAGUAAAUCUAAAUAACGACAUAGCUCUCGUAAAAAUCAAGGGUAAAGGAUUCGAAUUCAACACCUGGGUCUUACCAGCCUGUUUGCCUCAGAAUAACCCUAUUAUCCCAGAAAACUGUACCAUCUCAGGAUGGGGAUCUAGUGCCAAUCCUGGAACUGGUUUUGCACGUACCCUCCAUGCAACUUGGCUGAAACCAAUUUCAUACGAACAGUGCCGGGCAUUAGAUGCGUACGGUAAUUCCCUGAGCGUUGGCAUGAUGUGUGCUGGUAGCCUCAGCCUUGAUGGAGGUCCGGAUUCAUGCCAAGGAGACUCUGGUGGCCCACUACUUUGUCCCGUUAAUAGCCAGUUCACUCUGUUUGGUAUCACUAGCUGGGGUCACGGCUGCGGAAGGUCAAACAGUCCUGGUGUUUACACCAAUAUUUUACAUUAUAUCAAUUGGAUCAAUGACCGAAUCAAAAUUUCAAUGAAGAAGCAGAAUUACAGAAAGAAUUGAGCAGUUAUAUUUCAACAGCACUAUCUAUAAUUAAAACUGUUGUAAUUAUUGUUUACCAAGAUGAUCCUUGGCAAAUAAUAAUAUAACUACAGCAGUAAAUUCAAAGUUGUUUGAAAUUUCAAUAUAAUUGUUAAUAAUGAAAGAAACUUUUAUCUUGUACAAAUGAUAAGUUAAUAUGUGUUUUAAUGUAAAUAUCCUUGUUUUAGAUAGAAGUGUAACAUAUCUCCAAGAAAAACUAAUAUAAGUUAGUUUAAUGUUAGGAUUUUAAAACUAGUCUUUUAGCAUGUAUUCAAUAAAUU